UCAUGUUACAUCUUAGUUACAGAUCUUCUUUUGGAAUUCCAAGAAGAAAGUCGACAGAGAAAAAGUUGAAAAACAAUCGUCUUUAUGGAUGUAGUUAUGUUCGGGAUCAUAAUCGGCAUAAUCGUACUCUUCCUCUGUGCUGUUUGUUACAUCACCAUAGAAGGAACCUGCAAGCGCCGCAGUCCUUAGUCCUCCCUCAAACGCCUCCUUCCUUUUCCACGCUUCUCAAAUUUUGCUCAAAAGCUUAAAAUUUUAAUUUAUUGUUUAUUUUUUUUGCUUUAUAAUUUCUGGGGUUGGUGACGGAAGCAGAAACUGAUCUUGGUGGCUUUGUUAGUGGUUUUACUGUUCUCUGCGGAUCUGUGUUAUUGCAUACCUGUUUCUGUGGACAAAUUAUGGAUUUCUGCUUUUAUACUUGCAUUGAAGUAGAAGGAAAACCAUCAAAGACAAUUGCUGAUUUACUGGCUUUAUUUGGAUAGAGUGGCAGAUUGAAGUGCCCCUGGACCUCAUAUUUCCAAUAAUAAGUUUAAUCCUAAAUCUUCCUUUUGGGGAUAAGAUGUAGCAGACUUUGCUGCGUAGAUGAGUAGGAGCUAUGUUAAGGGGUGCUUUCCUUCAUCAAUUGCCACAUGCCUUUGCUGGCAUUGCACUUUUUCUCCUUGUAAAGGAGGUCAUUAGAUAUGUUGAAGAUAACUCAAAUGGAGCUUAUUCAUGGAGUCAUCAUCACCACCAUCAUCACAGGAGCAGUGAGAAAUUGAAAGAUGAUGAUGAUGUUAACCAUGUGUUGCAAUCACAAUCCCCGAAGGAGACUGAAGAAGAAGUGUCGGAUGAAGUUUCAGAUAACUCUUUCAACAGGGAUAAUUUUAUGGAAAACGAAAAUCUCCUUUUCAAGGUAGGAGAUGUUGGUAUUUUGGUAAGGUCUGGUUUUAGCGUAUUUAGAGCCCCUAUUUUCAGCGUCCUCUCAGCAUUGGUUGAACUGGCAGGAGUCACGUUUGUGAGCGUUAUUGCCAUAGUGUUUCUUUUCUAAUUUCAAAUGAUGAAGAAAAUAGAAGGAAAAGAAAAUGAAAAGUACUGUUUUUGUUCUAGGCUUCACUCUGGGGACGAUAUCCAGGACAGUAAUCUAUGAUUGAGCUGAGCUGAGCUUCACAUUUAUCAACUUCAUUUUGACCAAUAGUUUCAGGGUAAUACAAAGAUCUCCUCUUUCCCACAGGGUUUUACAGCUGGUUCAUAUAUAUUGCUGUUGCAGAAUGAACAGCAGCAGCAGCAGCUCAACAGUUUGAUAAUUUCACUUGUGUUGGGCAUGGCUGUUGCCCUUUGUAUCGCACUUGUAGAAUAAAUAUGCAUUUAGAUUUGUGUAUCUCCAGCCUAAAUUAACUUCAAAAGCACAAGGUUCAGGUUCAUGUCCAUUUCUAGCCAUGUAAAUGACCUCACUGGUACUAUCUUGUAGCAUGAAUGUGUUUUUUAUUUGUUUUAUGUUAAGAAUAAUUAAAUUGUGAAGGCACAAAGAGCUACUGUCUUGUAGAAUGAACGUGUUCUUGAUUUAUUUGAUGUUAAGAAUAAUUAAAUUGUGAA